CAGCGGCGGUGGCGAUGGCAGACUGGCCAAGCUGUGAGCAGUGAGGUGGGCCGGCACCAUGUUCCGACGGAGCGACUGGGACGGGUCUCGCGCCGGGGUCAGCCUGUUGACCGCCGCCGUACUGCUGUUGACGCUCGGUGCCGCAACAGGCGCCGCCGCCAGCCGCGGACUACUCUGCAUGUGCAGCACGGCCGACUGUCAGGAGGCCGGUGUCGACACGUGUACCACCACCGGCCUGUGCUACACGGAGCAGCGGCGGGGCGCCGGCGCCGCCGAGCCCGCCACGCGCGGCUGCGUUCGCAGGGGCAAGACGUCGCUCCUGUGCGACCGUCAGCUGCCCAUCAUGGGCACCAGCAUGCACUGUUGCGAGGCGCCGCUCUGCAACAAGCUGGUGGCGCCCACGUGGCGGCCGCAGGACUCUGGACGACGCGCGCCGGCGCAGCCGCCCCACCAUCGCCGCCGUCACAAGCAGUUCGACGAUGCGGCCAACCGGACACUGGAGGCGCUGCUAUCGCUGGGCUCGCGCCAGCCGGCCCCCUGGCGGCCGGGCCCGCUGGUCAUCUCGGUCCUGGCCGUUGGCGUCAUCCUGGUGAUGGGCAUCAGCGCCCUCGGCCUAUACAUCCUCCGGUCACAGAGGUUUGCGAUGGACGUGCCGUUCUCGGCGUGUCCCCACGACCACGGUACCCCCUGAGGCCGACUGUGGCCCCGGCGAGGGACCCACGGCACGUGCUGAGCCGACCGGGCUUGCAUCGAGAGCACGCGGCCCGACGGCGACCCCGGCGCUGCCCGCCGCGUCACGCUGUGGGAGGCCCGCUGUCCGGAGAGGCGCUGGAGCGCAGCUCCAGACCAGACUCGGGUCACUGCACCGUCGCCCGACCGUCACCCACGGCGCCGCUGAGACGCGCCGUCAGGUCUGAGCUGAUGAAGGGGUGUCGGGCCGGUCGACGGGGCCGAGCGCUGGAGCUGAUGAGGAGGUCGGGCCGGCCGGUGGAACCGAGCUCUGGAGGUGAUGAUGGCGGACUUGGCUGGUGCGACCGAGCUCUGGAGCUGAUGGUGGCGGACCGGCUGGUGGGGCCGAGCUCUGGAGCUGAUGAGGUCGGGCCGGCCGGUGGGACCGAGCUCUGGAGCUGAUGAUGGCGAACCGGCUGGUGCGACCGAGCUCUGGAGCCUGAUGAUGGCGGACCGGCUGGUGGGGCCGAGCUCUGGAGCCGAUGAGGGAUGUCGGGCCGGCCGUUGGAACCGAGGUUUGGACCUGAAUGGGGGUUUCGAAACAACCGGCGGGACCGAGCUCUGGGAUGUGGCCGGCCUGUGCGGCGACAAACGUACCCAGCAGGGAGCCACCGGCGGUGAGAGCCCUGGAAGAAUGCGCAAGUUGGCGGACGCUGCGCCAGAAUUGUCUUGGCCUCCGAAGCAGCAUGGGGUCGAUUGAUGUGAAUCCAAUAGUGUGAACCAAAGCGCGCGCUCCUUGCAAAGUUGACAUGUGCAUCACUAAAGGAGAACACCUCCUUUGUCAUUGUUGGCGAUUGAAUUUUUUCUGUUUUAUUCCUGUCAAGCCUCUUUGCUCGCCCGCCAGAACCAUCUCUUCAGAUUCGCCAGCGUAUUUCCACCCCUCCCACCUUUCGUCGUGUUUUUUGUGGAUAUGGCGGGUCUAGAGGCGCGUCCCUCACCCUAAACUCAAUCCCGGAGCUGAUCGCAUCGGAAUGCGUCCCGUCACCAAAAAACCCGCCCUCGCCCGAUUCAGAGCGCGUGCUUUCAGGAAUCGUGAGCGGACAUGCCGAUAGCGUCUCGAACCUCUCAGGGAGCGGCGGAAUCCUUUAUAUUAAUUUAGGUGCAUUGGCAUUAGCUUGUCUACGUUAGUGAUUUUUCUUCACAGCGUCACAUAACCGCUUACUUUCAACAAACGAAAAAACGUCUUAACUUUACCAUAUUGAGCCACGUCAACUUCAUCGUGGGCGCAGUACAGGUCACCCUCCUGCUGUCACCACCCAGAUACCAGACGUUCUCCGUGUGGCAUCGCGAGCGAGCGCCCGGACCCGCCCGCCCGCGAGGGAGGCGAACUUCCUCCACGGAGCGUGAUGUGGCCCAUUCCUUAUGCUCAGACAUCGCCGGCAGACUCCGUCAGCAGUACAUUCCCGGUCCUGUCCGCAGUACGCCGCCGCUCCCGUCGGUGGUACGUCGCUGAUCCAUUGCCGAGCGGCCGGGGUGCCGCCGCUCCCGUCGGCUGUACGUCGCUGAUCCGCUCACGCGGCGCGCCGUCGCCGUCGACGGUGCGACGCCUCGUCCCUGCGUCAGUCACCAGCUGCGCGCACGGCGUGGCAGCUGGUGCUGCCACCUGUCUCGGCGGCCCUGUGCAACGGCGCCGCUGUGCCGUCGCCUCGGCGGCGCCGCGCAGAGAGGGAGGGUGCACCGGCGGGCGUCGCGGUGGCUGAGUCAUCCGCCCGGUUGGCGCCGGCGACAGGGGGAGGGGAGUCCCCUCAGCAGCGCCGGCGAGCCUCCCCACGGACACGGCAGCUUCGGACUUAUUUGGGGCGGGCGUUUGCAACGGCAACGUAGGCCAGUGAGCGGUGCGCGGACCUUUUUUGUGAAUGUGACGCAUGGGGGUCGCGUCUUUGUGGCCGUUACGCAGGCACACUGUCGUCAACUCUCGUCUCGUUGGUGCGCUACAUAGAACCCAAGGGUGUCGUAGCACUUGGCAUGGCACAGCACAUGUGUACCAAUGCGUAGUUGGCACCCGUUUCCAGUGACAUCUUGUGCUCGGUAACCCAGCAACACGAUAGUUGUCAAACAACAUGAUUGUUCGAUGUAUCGUUUUACCCCUGUGAUCGAUAAUUGUGGGAGUUUUCGAAAUGCAUCGUCGCGAUGUCGUAAUGUAUAAGCAUUCUGAUGCCCAGAACAGUAGAGUUGUAUGAUGUAUGGUGAUUUCGAUGAUGUCACGACAGUUUACGGCAGUAGCAGCAGUGCGGCAUUGCCAAUUAGUGUUCCUUCACUGGCGGCGUCAUAAUAGGAAGCCUCAAGGCCGUUGGACGUCCGUCACCGUGGCUUCCCUGCAAUCGACAUUCCCACGCGUAGUUUUACGAGCCUGGUCCGUCCGUACACAAUGGACUGGCCGCCCAUGAUGUUGUCUGGCGAAAAAUGCAGCCAUUUAGCCGAAGGGCCGCGCCGAGCGCAGACCUGUCUGGUAAGCUCUAGUCAUUAACACAAUACAGCUGUAUAA